AUGGAGAGGAAAGGCUCGGCGGCGGCGGCGGCGGCGGCGGCGGUCGGGGCCAAGGGGAACCCUAGCCAUCCCGCGGUCGGUGACGGGCAGCGGCCGCCUCCGCCACAGUGCGUGCCCGGUGGUGGCCUCGGCGGGGUCCCCGGUCGGGGCCAGGUCGGCGCGGCCACCGAAGCCGCCGAGCUCAUCCGGCGCGCGCACGAGUUCAAGAGCCAAGGGGCGCAGUGCUACAAGGACAAGAAAUUCCGUGAAGCCAUCGGCAAAUACCACCGGGCUUUGCUGGAGCUCAAGGGGUUACCGCCGUCCCCCGGGGAACGGGAACGGGACCCGGCGCGCCCUGCCUCUCCAGCCGGGGCCCCCAAAACCUGCCGACUCUCGGAGGAACAGAGCAAGACGGUGGAAGCCAUCGAGGUCGACUGCUACAACAGCCUGGCAGCCUGCUUGCUCCAGGCUGAGCUGGUAAACUAUGAGCGGGUCAAGGAGUACUGUCUCAAGGUUCUGAAGAAGGAAGGGGAGAACUUCAAGGCCCUUUACCGCUCGGGGGUGGCCUUCUACCAUCUUGGGGACUAUGACAAAGCACUCUACUACCUGAAAGAAGCCAGGAGCCGACAGCCGACAGACACCAAUGUGGUUCGGUACAUCCAGCUGACAGAGAUGAAGCUCAGCAGGUGCUCCCAGAGGGCCAGAGAGAGCCUGUGAGGAGGAGGCCGCCCCAGAGCCGCGGCCCGGCCUGACUGGUGGAGAGCGCUCCCUGGGUUCUGUCCCUUUCUCCCCAUGCCUCCCUCCUGUUGCUCCCCAAACAUUUGUGUACUCCCAGUGAGAAAGGAAGGUGAGCGGCACAUCUGGAACGGAGAGCGCUGCCCAGAUGUGGAGACAUCCUCUUCUCUUACAAGUCAGUGACUGGGGGGGGGUGCCUAAACCCCGUUGGAACCCCUGGGGAGGAGUCUCACGGGCUGGGAAUGGUACCGUGGCUUGGACUCGGGCCAGGGCUUCUGAUGGGCAGAGUCUGGCAGGUGUGCCAUCCCAGAAGCAGCAGGUAUGAAUGCCACAGUAUGAACCCUUCUACACCUUCCUGAUGGACCAGACUAUCUUGAGGCAACCGAAGCACAUCCAGGGCCAAGAUAAACACAGGAAGCACUGUCUGAGUCAAGGCCGAGACUGAAUUUGUGCACUGGAGUUCCCCACACCAGUCACCUUAGCCGUGGCCACCCUCCCUCCCUCGACUCGCUUGGCUUUCCUCUCUAGCGCGUCUCUGCCAGGGUUCACAUGCCAUCAAGGCCUACUCGCAGUGCCCUUUGGUGAGCACGCAUACCACUCCCCCGCUCUGUGGCCAGCAGGCAGCUGGGACAACAGAAGGACAGGGUGAAGUGGGCCCAGGGUUGGGACACAGCAGACUGUGUAGGUGACAGGGGAGAGAAAGAUGAUGUCUGAGGGAAAGAGCAUGUCUAGGAUGAUGACUGAACUGUGGGCUACUUAGGAAUAAAUAAUGAUAAUGAGAGGCAGCAGAUCCUGACAUUUCUCCCAGAAGCGGUCCAUGCCCUCGGGUUUGCUCCCAACCCGACCCUCAGGCAUGGUUACUUACAUCCGGGCAGGACAGGCCUUCCCCCAAAGCCACUGACCAUUUGUCCAGGACUAUAUAUAUAUAUAUGUGUGUAUGUGUGUGUGUGUGUGUGUGUGUCUACACACACACACACACAAUGUAUAUGUUGGCCACAACCCUUGUGCUUCUAGGAGUGGAGAUGUCCUCGGGACUUGGCUCUGUGAGAACUUGUACAGGACUUUUUUUUUUUUUUCCACAAAAUUAUCCAAACUCAGUAUCUAGCACAUAGAAUGGAUUCAACAAACAUUUGUUGAACGAGUAAAUUAUGACUGCAGACUGACUCUUUUCCUGCCUUAAACAAAUGUGAUCCCAGCCUAGUCUCCUAACAUCUACGCUCUUUCGGCUAUGCUGUAUUGCUUCAGUCAGACAAGGAACAUUUACUGAGGGCUUACUGUUUGCCCACCACAGUGCAAUAUGUUGUGGGACAUAGGAUGUAGUCUCAGUGUCCAAGGAGAUAGAAGAGUUGCAAAAUGUGUAUGAGAUCAAUAGCAAUGACACCGUUAAUAUAUAUAUAUGUGUAUGUGUGUGUGCGUGUGUGUGUGUACAUAUAUAUAUAUAUACAUAUAUAUUUGUAUGUGUAUAAAUAUAUAUAUGUAUGUAUGCUUAAAUGUGUAGAAGGCACCCUUUGUGUAUUUUUCGUGUGAUUUAGUGAGACAAUAUUGUACAAAAUUAAAAUAUAUACAGAUGCAAUAAUGUUAAUAGGAUUUAUUAAAUGCACUAUCUUCAGAUAUUUA